AUGUGGAACUACAAUCCCAAGAAACACGGAAAGCACACCCCUGCGCGAAGCUUGGUUGUCAGUGAUGGCACUGAGCGUCAGCCCCCUGCUCCUGCUGUUGAGCAUUAUCAACACACUCAUUUCAGCACAAAGAUGAAGGAAGGACAGGACGGUGUACGAGUUCGCUCCAGUAUGCGUCAUAGAACUUUGACGCUUCCUGCUCUUGAAUCUCAGCACCCUGUAAUGGACAAGGACCUGUACCCAUCUAUCGCAGAGCUGUCUUCAGGAUCGUUUUUGGAUCCCGAUUACGCUCCAUCUGCCAAGGUUCAGGGUGGUGAAGAGGAAGAGACUGGGAGUGCCACUCGCGCUUCUAGGCCGCUUGGUGAUCAUCCACUCCUCGUCUGGUCUCAGCUACGCUCAGAGUUCCUCGACGAGAUUUUGAAACUCGACGCAUUUGAAACGGAGGACAAGGAUGCAUGCGAGGCUUGCCAGACUGACUUAGGCCUAUUUCGCUGUCUCUCCUGUGUGGAUACUUGGCGCCUUUGUCACACUUGCAUUGUCGCUGGGCACCAAGGCUUGCCCCUGCAUAAAAUCGAGGAGUGGUGCUCUUCAUUCUUCUGCAGAACGAUGCUUGCCCAACUCGGGCUUAAGUUUGAACUGGGCCAUAAACACGGGACAUCAUGUCUCUUUCCUGCAAUCAUUCCAGAUUUUAUUGUCAUUGACAUAGAUGGCAUCCACAUGGUUAACAUGGCGUUUUGCAACUGUACCCAAGGAAUCUUACACCAUACUCAGUUACUUCGUCGAUGA